CUGGAGGACAGAGUACGCGGGAGCGGCGCCGAGUCUAGCAUGGCUGCGGACCCCUGGCCUGGGUCAGUGAGGAGUCCUGGGGACCCGGCCGCGCUCGGCCAGGUGCUCCCCUCGUCAUCCUACCCCGCGGGAAACGACACCAAACUAGGUUCCAGCCCCUAUUUUCGGGAUGUACCGGGCAGGUUUUCUAUCAGAUGAUCCAUCGUAAUGCUGAAUUUAAGAAGUCUCCAUUCCCUUGCUCCAAACCAGAAGACUCUUUUCCCCUGCAUAUAGCAUAGGAGUAAUGUUGGUUAGAAACUGGCCGGUGUUUAAAGCUGAAGAUAGUCAUGACUAUUUAACUGAAGCUGUAUGCUGAAGGAAGAUUGUCUUGGAAAUACUAUAUUGGGGUAACCCAAAUCUGUUUCUGGAACCAUGAAAAUUUUGUUGGUUUUUGACUUUGACAAUACAAUCAUAGAUGAUAAUAGUGACACCUGGAUUGUACAAUGUGCUCCAGAGAAAAAGCUUCCUAUUGAACUGCAAGAUUCUUACAAAAAGGGAUUUUGGACAGAAUUCAUGGGCAGAGUCUUUAAGUAUUUGGGAGAUGAAGGUGUAAGAGAAGAUGAAAUGAAGAGGGCAAUGAUAUCAAUGCCUUUCACUCCAGGGAUGGUGGAACUUUUAAACUUCAUAAAAAAGAACAAGAAUAAAUUUGACUGCAUUAUUAUUUCAGAUUCAAAUUCAGUCUUCAUAGAUUGGGUUUUAGAAGCUACCAAUUUUCAUGAUGUGUUUGAUAAAGUGUUUACAAAUCCAGCAGCAUUUGAUAGCAAUGGUCAUCUCACUGUGGAAAAACAUCACACUCAUUCUUGUACUCGGUGCCCCCAAAAUCUUUGCAAAAAUGUAGCUUUGGUAGAAUUUGUAGGUGAGCAGUUACAACAAGGAGUGAAUUAUACACGAAUUGUUUAUAUAGGUGAUGGAGGAAACGAUGUCUGUCCGGUAACUUUUUUAAAGAAGAACGAUAUUGCUAUGCCACGGAAGGGAUAUGCUUUACAGAAAACUCUCUAUAGGAUGUGUCAAAAUCUUGAGCCGAUGGAAUUUUCUGUUGUAUCUUGGUCCUCAGGUGUUGAAAUAAUUUCUUAUUUACAAUUUCUAAUAAAAGAAUAA